GUGUUUUGUAGUCAAUCAUGUUGGGUGGAAAACCUAAAGACUUCGAUGAAAUUACGUCCUUUCUGGGCGACUACGGUUUUUUUCAAAUUCUUAUGAUUGUGCUGCUCAGUUUGAGUGCAGUUCCAUGCGGGUACAUGGGAGUAAUCGUGGUUUUUAUUUCGGAUACACCCGAGCACCGGUGCAAAGUAUCGAUAAACACCACGCGCAGUGGCACAGAUGUGGAGCUUCCCUUCCACGAGCGGAGCAGCUGGAUCGGGCCUGACAGCUGUUCGCGAUACAAACUGAGCGGAAACGGGACGGUAACAGGGGGGUUCAGCAAUGACACAGAGCAGUGUCUGGAUGGAUGGGUAUACAGCACCGAGAGAUACACCUCGACCAUUGUGUCUGAGUGGGAUCUGGUGUGUGACAAUGCAUGGAAGGUUCCUUUCUCCACUUCCUCAUUCUUUGUUGGAGUCCUGAUUGGAUCCUUUGUUAGUGGCCACCUCUCAGACCGGUUUGGCAGAAAGCCGGUGUUUUUUUUCACCAUGGUCUUACAAACUGUCACAGCCUUGAUCCAGGCCACGUCUGUCAGUUGGGUCAUGUUCUGUAUCCUCAGCUGCCUGAGAGGACUCGGCCAGAUAUCCAGCUACAUCGUAUCACUCGUGCUGGGGUGUGAGAUGCUGAGCCAGUCUGCCAGGGUGAGCUUCACUCUUCUGGGCCACAGUCUAGGUUUUGGCAUCGGUUAUGCCUUGCUGCCGCUCUUUGCCUACUUCAUAAGAGGCUGGAGGAUGCUGCUUGUUGCUACUGCCAUCCCCUGCCUCUUAUUUAUUCCAACAUGGUGGCUGAUUCCUGAGUCUCCACGUUGGCUUUUGCAGAAAGGUCGGGUGGAGGAGGCUGAGCUUGUCAUACGCAAUGCUGCAAAAAGAAACAGAGUUCCUGUCCCGGAGGUCAUAUUCGGGGCUGGAGAUUGCUUGGAGUUAAUGCAAAAUAAAGGUGAAGUGCAUCUAUACACUUACGUGGACCUGAUACGCACCCGUAACAUGAGGAACAUUACAAUUCUAGGUGUUUUCAUAUGGAUGUCUGUCGCCAUGGUCUUCUAUGGUCUCGCUCUCAAUACUAGUAACCUGAAUGGAAAUAUAUACCUCAACUGCUUUAUUUCUGGGGCCACUGACAUUGUGAUGUAUGUUGCCUUUUGGCUUCUCGUUAACCGGGCGCCGAGACCCACUCUCCUGUUCUCCACACUGAUGUUCUGUGGCAUCACUCUUCUGAUCAUCAGGCUGGUUCCUGAGGACAUGCAUCUGAUGUUCCAGGUGUUAGCCUUCGUAGGAAAGAUGGGUGUGUCUGGUGCUUAUUGCUUCAUCUACGUGUUCUUCACUGAGCUGAUCCCCACCGUGGUCAGGAACAUGGGAUUAGGGGUUGCCUCCACAGCUGCACGAAUAGGCACCAUCAUUUGUCCCUAUGUGAUUUACACAGGUGUUUACAACAAGAUCCUCCCCUACGUUAUUUUUGGCACAGUCAGCAUCGUGGCCGCUGUUGUUAGCAUGUUGCUGCCAGACACCAGAAACAACAAGCUUCCAGACCUUAUCAGCCAGGCAAAACCCAUCAGAGGAUGCUGUCCUCAGGACACAGGUACAGUCCAGGCAGAUGCAACUGAAGGCUCUAAAGAAAUGAGCAAGAGCGCCCCCUGCUGAAAUAAAAUUACACAGCAAGAGUUGAGGGAUCACAGACAAAAGAUGUUAAACUAAACUUU